UUUAUACUAGAUAAAAAAUCCCCUUUUCAAAAAACAAGUUCAAAUUAACUUUUUUGGGAAAAUUCUCGCACUAGAGAAUUGUAGAGAAUCUAGAGAAUUUUCUCGAGUCACUUUUGAAAGUGACUUUUAUCUUGGCAAGGACGUGGAGUUGCUGUGGAUUUUACGGUGUCAUUGAGAGGUUAUCGACAAUUUACUUUGCUUGAAACUUGAGUUUCACAGUAUUUUAAUUUAUAGAUAAAAUUAUACAAAAUGUUGCCCCGUUUUAUAAAACCUACAAUCUCGAUUGCUCAAAAAGGAGCCCAACAAUUGUCAACCAGUGCCAGGCACAAUGCGAAGGUUGCUGUCAUGGGAGCAAGUGGAGGCAUUGGCCAGCCACUGUCACUUUUAUUGAAGGAAUCGCCCUUAGUGACGGAAUUGUCUCUCUACGACAUUGUCAAUACUCCUGGAGUCGCUGCUGAUUUGUCUCACAUCAACACUGCGGCGAAAGUCAAGGCCUACAAUGGUCCCGAUCAGCUGAGAGAUUCUCUCAAGGGAGCACAGGUCGUCAUCAUUCCUGCGGGAGUACCUCGCAAGCCAGGAAUGACCCGAGAUGACCUCUUCAACACCAAUGCAUCAAUUGUCCGCGAUCUUGCCCAAGCGGUGGCCGAAGUGGCACCCAAGGCAUUCGUGGCGAUUAUUUCCAAUCCUGUAAAUAGCACCGUGCCAAUUGCAAGCGAAGUUUUGCAAAAAGCUGGAGUCUACGAUCCAAAUAGGAUAUUUGGAGUAACCACUCUUGAUAUUGUUAGAGCAAAUACCUUCAUCGGAGAGGCCAAGGGUCACAAUCCCCAGAAGGUGAAUGUUCCGGUUAUUGGAGGUCACAGUGGAAUCACAAUCAUUCCCCUAAUUUCUCAAUGCAAUCCAUCAGUUUCAUUCCCUGCGGAUCAACUAAAAGCGCUCACGGAGAGAAUUCAGGAGGCAGGAACGGAAGUUGUUAAAGCAAAAGCCGGAACUGGUUCCGCUACCCUCUCAAUGGCGUACGCUGGAGCUCGAUUUGGAUUCUCCCUCAUCAGAGCACUCAAUGGCGAGAAAAAUGUCGUCGAAUGCUCAUACGUCAGGUCAAAUGUCACAGAUGCCAAAUACUUUUCAACCCCAAUUCUUUUAGGCAAAAAUGGCGUAGAGAAAAAUCACGGUUUAGGAAAAUUGAGCUCGUUUGAAGAGCAACUCUUGAAAAAUGCUAUUCCAGAGUUGAAGAAAAAUAUCCAAAAAGGAGAAGAUUUCAUCAACAAGAAGUAAACAAAAAAAUAGAAGAAUUGUAAAACAAAAGUUAUACACGAAAAUUGUAAAAAAAGAUACCAAUAAUGUAUUCCCGAUAACCCUCAGUCGACUGUCAACAAUAAUUCGCAGCAUUUAAUAUCAAUACUGCACCUCAAUCAUGUAAUUUCUUGUAAAAUACGAUUAAAGUUUCCUCCGGAGACAUACGUUAAUUAA